UGCGUUGAUUUCAUACCAAAGUCAUACUUAACAUUCCUCUUAUACUGUCAAACCUCUGAGAAAUAUUACGGAAAACAACAAGGCGCCAAAAUAUAACAAAGUUACUGAAUUGACCAGCUGCUUCCAUUGACCAGAGGAAGGUGACUGCCAAAAUAAAAAGUUCGUAUUCCUGGAGCCAACACUUCCAGCCUCGUUCCUCAAGAGGAACCCAACAGUUCUAUACCUACAGGCAGAGAGAGAGAGAGAGAGAGAAACCAAACGCUUUGGAGGAAUACACAACUUCAGUCUGGUCUGGAUCUCGGCAUCCCAAAGAUCUCCUACAGAUCCUUUGAUAUUCGGGCUCGGGGUCGGGCCCAGGGGGAGCCGCCACCAUUGCGUCCAACGAGUGGAGCGCCAACGGUAGCCCAGAAGAUGGGCUGGACGGGGAAAACGAGGACAAGACCAUGGACGGGGAUGCCGAGGGCGUGUGGAGCCCGGAUAUCGAGCAGAGCUUCCAGGAGGCCCUUGCCAUCUACCCUCCCUGUGGCAGGAGGAAAAUCAUCCUGUCAGAUGAGGGAAAGAUGUAUGGUCGCAAUGAAUUGAUAGCAAGGUACAUCAAGCUGAGGACAGGCAAAACCCGUACAAGAAAACAGGUUUCUAGCCACUUGCAGGUUCUCGCCCGGAGAAAAUCUCGCGAGAUCCAGUCAAAGCUAAAGGCGAUGAAUUUGGAUCAGGCGUCUAAAGACAAAGCCCUGCAGAACAUGGCAGCACUGUCGUCUGCACAGAUCGUCUCACCAAGUAUGAUAAAGAAUCAUCUUCCACCACUGCCUCCUGCUCCCUACCAACCAGCCAGAUUCUGGCCUGCUCCAAUCCCAGGACAGCCUGGACCCUCUCAGGAGCUGGUUCUAGAUCUCAACCCGGGAAGGACUCCUGGGCUUGGCCGCACCAGCCAUGCUAUCAAACCUUUUGCACAGCCACCAUACCCAAGCCUUUCAGGUCCUGUACCACAAUCCAUACCAAGUUAUGAGCCUUUGGCGCCCCCUCCUGCACCAACUGCUACUGCCGUGCCAGUGUGGCAGGACCGGACCAUCGCCUCCUCAAAGCUGCGGAUGCUGGAGUACUCAGCCUUCAUGGAGGUUCAGAGAGACCCAGACAACUACAGCAAACAUCUGUUUGUCCACAUUGGACAGACCAACCCCUCCUACAGUGACCCGCUCCUGGAGGCUGUGGACAUCCGGCAGAUCUACGACAAGUUCCCCGAGAAGAAGGGCGGGCUCAAAGAGCUUUAUGAGAAAGGCCCUCAGAACGCUUUCUUCCUGGUUAAAUUCUGGGCGGACCUGAACAGCAGCGGCAUGCAGGAUGGCCCUGGUUCUUUCUACGGUGUCAGCAGCCAGUACAGCAGCAUUGAGAACAUGACGAUCACCGUUUCAACCAAAGUCUGCUCGUUUGGCAAGCAGGUUGUCGAGAAAGUAGAGACAGAGUACGCCCGCCUGGAGGGAGGAAAGUGUGUUUACAGGAUCCACCGCUCUCCUAUGUGCGAGUACAUGAUCAACUUUAUCCACAAACUCAAACACUUGCCUGAAAAGUACAUGAUGAACAGUGUUCUUGAAAACUUCACUAUCCUACAGGUUGUGACAAACCGCGACACCCAGGAGACCUUGCUCUGUAUAGCGUUUGUUUUUGAGGUUUCCACAAGUGAACACGGAGCUCAGUAUCACGUCUACAGACUUGUUAAGGACUAACAGCUCUUCAGGAAAAGCCAGACAAAAGCGUGACACAAUCUCUCUUCGACCAGCUCAACCAUCCAGGAAAAACUAGAAAAAACAUUCAAACAUUGCUAGACCGAACUAACAAGGACAGAUUUUAUGCUUUAAAAAAAAAGUCUUGUACACAAGGAAAGAAAAGAGUGAGUCUCAACGUGCCAACAUGCAGAGAAAUUUUGAAGAAUUACCGAUUUUUCAAACAACUAACUAUUUUCCAUGUGUUUUAAACAUGCUUUAGAUGAAGUGGGUCACUUUUGCCAAGGUAAUUGAUGGAGCUUGAUAUGUUUUAUUGAGGGAACGAGAAUGUGUUUGGGGUUGAAAAGACUCUUAUGGUAUCCAAGGGAACACACUCUGAGCAAUAAGAGGUGUGUAUAUAAGAUUGAAUAAGUAGAGAGAACGGGGCCACGGAGGGGAAAACCUGGUAGCGUUGUUGCAGUAGGUUUGUUAGGAAAGCAAGUGCCUUUUCUCCAAAGAUUAUAUCAUUGUCUGCCACUUUGGAUUGCCUUUUGUUUACUACCUCUUGUUUUUAAAUGAACAGAAUGAACAGAAAAUAGUCAGACAGGUGUAUUUUGUCAAAAAAAAAAAAAAA